AUGAACGGUGAACCCAUUUCCUUCUCUACUGUUCAAUCACAACAUCCUUUUGCCUUUGCCACCACAUGGAAGGGUGUUUUCAAGAAGUUCUUAGGUUUUAUAGGACCAGGGAUUAUGGUCUCGGUUGCAUAUAUGGACCCAGGUAAUUAUUCCACAUCAGUUUCAGGUGGUGCUCAAUUUAAAUAUCAACUAUUGUUUUCUGUUUUCAUAUCGAAUAUAUUCGCAGUUCUAUUACAAUGUUUAUGUGUGAAAUUAGGUAGCGUGACAGGUUACGAUUUGGCAGAAAAUUGUAGAAGGAAUUUACCUCUAUGGAUGAAUUACACUCUAUAUUUCUUUGCAGAAUUGGCCAUUAUUGCCACAGAUCUCGCUGAGGUUGUGGGGACUGCCAUUGCAUUGAACAUUUUAUUCAAUAUUCCACUUACUUGGGGGGUUAUCUUAACUGUUUUGGAUGUUUUAAUCAUUUUAAUAUUUUAUAAACCAGAGUCAAAUUCCAUGAAAAAAGUCAGGUAUUUUGAAUUGUGUGUUAGUUUAUUAGUUGGAGCUACAUGUUUCUGCUUUGUCUUGGAGCUAUGCAAGAUUUCUAUCCCAGAUAAAUGGGAGUUGACUCGUGGGUUUAUGCCAUCAUCCAUUAUUUUCAAAGAUCAGCAAGCUUUAUAUAUCUCUUUGGGUAUUUUAGGUGCUACCGUUAUGCCACAUUCUUUAUAUUUGGGUUCCUCUGUGGUGAAGCCAAGAUUAAUUGAAUAUGAUUUAAAAAGAUAUGGUGAAGCUCAACAAAGACCAAGUUUAAACGCUAUCAAUUAUUCUUUGAAAUAUGCUUAUGCUGAAUUAAUUAUUUCAUUAUUUCUAAUUGCUACUUUUGUUAAUUCUGCUAUUUUGAUUGUUGCCGGGGCUACUUUAUAUGGACAACCUGAAGCUGCAGAUGCAGAUUUAUUAUCAAUUUACAAUUUGUUGGUUCAUUACAUAUCCCCAGCAGCAGGUUUAGUCUUUGCUCUGGCUAUGUUAUGUUCUGGUCAAUCUGCUGGUAUCAUAUGUACUGUAGCAGGUCAAAUUGUCUCUGAAGGUUUUAUCCAAUGGACUUUAUCACCUUGGGCUACCAGAUUGUGUACUAGGUUGAUUGCUAUUAUUCCAUGUUUAUUUGUUACUUUGACAAUGGGUGAACGUGGUAUUUCCGAUAUCUUAAAUUUCUCACAAGUUGUUUUAUCAUUAAUUUUACCUAUUGUUUCAGCACCAUUGAUUUAUUUUACAGCCAAUAGAAAAUUAAUGACUGUAAAUGAUAUUCAUGGAGAUUUCGAUCCAAAAUCACAUACUCAUCGUAUUAGAUCCAAUAAUUAUUCUUCAACUAAUAAUAGUUGCAAUUCUAUCACUCAUUCUACUGAUCAACUAUUAAUUGUAGAACAAGAAAGUGAAGACGAUUCUUCUAUAAUCAAUGAAACUACGCCAUUGAAUUUGAUGCAUCGCAAUAGUACAGAUAGUAGUAAUGGUAUUAUCAAUAAUAGCAUUGUUAAUUUCCAAAAUAAGCACGCCGUUGACUUUACAAAUAAUUCUUGGUUGACUUACAGUGCUGUUAUUGUUUGGGCAACUAUUGCAGGUUUGAAUACCUAUCUGGUAAUAUCGUUCUUGUUUGGUGCAGAUGUUCAUUUCUAA